AUCAAAAUGUGUCUCUCUAAGAAAGUGUAUCAUGCCCUUACUAAUAAUAACCCUAAUCCCAUUCAGCCAACAGGGUUGAAAGCUCCAGCUCCGACACGUGAAGCAAUUGGUUCACUUUAUUAUUGUUAUUGUAAUAAUUAUUUUUAUCUAUUUCCGGCAUUGGGGCCGAAAUCUGUGAAAACCGUAUGGAGUUUGGUUUAAUUAUAGGCUAAUUGAUGAAUAUUGAAAUAAAAAAACAUGAAAACGCAUUGGAGAAGAUGCCCAGUGAAGCCCUCGUCCAAUAGAUGUAGGCGUUUUAAAUGCACAACCCUUGAUUAACCAAUCAUAGGAAACCUUUUACGGUUCGGUCUAAAAUGAUUGGAGUUUGAAGGAGCGAGAGGUCCGUCAUCGCGCCAUCGUUGAAAUGUUUGGGGAAGACAGCUAACAGUCGGCUUUGCCGCUGUUCAUCCGAGCGAUGAGAUGUCAACGGACUGGGUCCAUGCUCUUAUCUUUGGCUUCUACGAUUCCAAAAUCCGAACCGUUUAGGAAUAUUUUGAAUUGUAUUGCAACCGUAUUUCAUUGUGAUUAGUAAAGUCACGACUGUUUCUGGAGCAGAGGUAACGUCAGGCCUAUAUGUUUGACGGCUUUCUGCAAUAUGAGGAAGCAAUUGGUCGAGUUCCCUCUGUGAUGCUAUCGAAAUCUUAAAAGAUAAUUGCCACACAUUUUGGACCAAAUAUGUAAAAGCUAUGGCCCGUGGGAAACACAAAAUGAUCGAAGAAACAUCCGUGUCAAUAUCGCCUUGAACGAACUCGAAAUCCUGCGCUUUCUCUGCGAAAACUUCUGCCUGAGUUCAUGGUGCAUCGGUUACAUCUCGAUCGGAUUUUAACCCGGCGUUGACUGUUCAAUGGAAGUAUGUUCCCAGCUGCCGGUGUUGCCUCUAGACAGGCCGGUUCCCCAGCAUGUGCUGAGGCGCAGAGGAGCCAUCAGCCUCGGCACCAGCUCUGCUCUGUUCGGAGGUCCUUCUCCGAGGCAGCUUUGCAAGAGGCGAGGAGGGGUGUCCUACAACAGCGCUGAUCAGGCGGUUCUCUACCUCCACCUGCUCGGUGAUGUGAAACAACGGGGCCCGGGGCCGUCGGAACCAGUGCGUGGGGCCCCUCACUCCCACGUCAAGGUCGACUAUCAGAGGUUUCACUGUCACCAGGGUCCCGUACGGCCAGGUGCCAGGGGCCUCAAGAGCCACCGCAGACGGCUCAGCUUCCAGAGGGGUCUCAAGAGCCGCCACCUCCUCCAGCGGCCCUCGGGCCCGCAGCACCUCCUCGACCAGGUGUACAACUGCCAGGUCAAGUGCAUGCUUGACAAGGUGGACAGCUGGGACUUCGACAUCUUCAUGUUUGACAGAGCUACAAAUGGAAACGGCCUGGUGACAUUGACCUUUCACCUCUUCCUCCAGCUGGGACUGACCCGGCUCUUUCGUCUGGACCCCAUCAAACUGCGUAGUUUCCUAGUCAUGGUGCAGGCAGACUACCACCAGCGGAAUCCCUACCACAACUCUCUCCACGCGACUGACGUCACGCAGGCCAUGUACUGCUUCCUGAGGCAGCCCAAGCUUGCCACAACGCUGAGCUCCUGUGAUAUGCUGCUGGCGUUAGUUGCGGCGGUCACCCACGACCUGGAUCACCCCGGGGUCAACCAGGGCUUCCUGGUCCGGACCGGACACCACCUGGCUGCACUGUACAAGAACUCCUCUGUUCUGGAGAGCCACCACUGGAGGUGUGCUGUGAGCCUGCUGAGGGAGUCUGGGCUCCUGGACCACCUGCCCAUCACUGACCGGCUCAACUUGGAGGAGCGACUGGGUUCUCUGAUCCUGGCCACAGACAUCAGCCAGCAGAACCGCUACCUGGCCCGCUUCAGGGAGCACCUUGACCGAGAAGACCUGAGCAUGGCUGACCCCAGCCACCGUCACCUGGUCCUGCAGAUUACCAUGAAGUGUGCAGACAUCUGUAACCCGUGUCGAGUCUGGAGGCUCAGCUCCCAGUGGAGCUCCAGAGUCACAGCUGAGUUCUUCCACCAAGGCGACGUGGAGAAAAAACACGGAAUGGCAGUCAGCCCCCUCUGUGAUCGACUCUCCGACAGUACGGCACACAUUCAAGCUGGUUUCAUCCGCCACGUGGUGGAGCCUCUGUUCAGGGAGUGGUGUCGCUUCUCCUGCACCAGCCUGUCCCAUCGCAUGCUGGCCCACCUGCAGACCAACCUGGACCGCUGGACGGACCCGAGCCAGCACCCCGAGACCCCCCCCUAGAGUCCUACCAGCCUUCCUAGACCCCCUCCCAAGACAAAGGAACGUAGACCACCUCUGAGAGACAUGGGCACCUUCCUGGACUACCUCCGUGACCACUUCCCUAGAGACCUCCCUAAACCCCCUGCUAGCGACAUGGGUACCUAGAGAACCUCCUGGAACCUAGACCACCUUCUAGGAUCCUCUCUAGACCACUUCCCUAGAGACCUCUCUAGACCACUUCCCUAGAGAUAUAGGAACCCAUACCACCUCCACCGUAGAGACCUACCAGCCUCCCUAGACCACUCCCUACAGAUAUAGUAACCUAGACCACCUCCUAGAGACCUAGGACCCUUCCUAGACCUCCUCCCUACAGAUAUAGUAACCCGGACCACCUCCUAGAGACCUAGGAACCUUCCUAGACCACUUGCAAAGCUUUUACCUCAGGAAAGGAAAGCUUGUGGAAAUGCGUCUCUCCCUUCUCUCGCUCUCCUUCGUCUUCUUACACUUUUAUUCUUUCUUCUUAUUCUCUGUCUCCCUGUAUCUCUCUCGCUCUCUAUCUGCCUUUAUCCUGCUUCCUUUUCGACGCCACCAACUAACCAAUGACUACUUUGUUAUUUCAUUUAAUCGUAUUUAUUACAUUGGGACGUAUUCCCGGAGUACAGUUACAUCGAUCAUUUACUACCUUACCAAAGUACUACGACAAUGUAUUCAAACUUAAGGUAAUCCAUGGAUUACUACGUACCACAGUAAUGCAUAGAUGUAUUACUAUAUUGUGAUGUUUCUGCUGACAUAUUAUUUAUUGUUGUGUGAUUCAAGCUCUGGUAUCAAAAUGUUUCCUUUCGCUAACCGGAGCUUUCACAGGAUUUAUUGGGUCAUUUCGUGGACUUUGAGGAUUUAAGAUAAGUUCCCACAUUAUCCUGAAGAGUUCAGAAACGGGGGGAAAAUUGCUCAGACAGAUUUAUUUUAUGUAGCGCUAUAAUUUAAUAUUGGAAACCCCAAAUAUGUAGCCAAUGACGAAGAAGAAACAUUGAACAUGAAGAUUGUUCCGGAGACCCGCGGUGGAUGUUUGGAAUGGGGCCAAGGGCGGGCAGACAUUUUGUUACAUGCUAAUUUAACUUAAUUUAACCAAUGGCUUAACUCGCUAUUGGUUCUGGGGCAAAACGGUGCACAUUCAGUCGAAUUAAUUACCACUUGCAUAAAAUGUUUGCUCUUUUGCUAAGGUAGACGAGAAACGCCAUUCGAUCGAGACGAUUUCCUCUUUAUUUGUAUUUUUUUAAGGGUUUUUGGUUGAUCGUUCCACUGUGAAAAUGGACAUGACUGUUGAGUUUGAAUUACUAUUCUUUUAAUUGUGUUUUCCUUUUUCAAGGGCACAUCUGUCAUGUUUGGGGGGGGUGAAAAAUAACAAUAUUUACCAAAUAAUGGUAAUAUACGUCAUGUGAUACACCAUCAUGUGAAAAAUCCAACUCUUUAAAUCGGUAUCUGUCACAUUAGAGUGUUACGUUUUUAGCUUCUAAAUGUUUGUAUUUAACCGUCAUUUCUUGGAAGAAACACUUGUUGCAUUACAUUCAGUUUUUCUUUUAAGAAGUUAGUCAUUUUGCUUAGGUGGGGCUAUUGUUCGUUCAUCAAGAUGUCGUGAACUCAAAUCUUCCUUCAGUGGAGUUGUGGAACACAAUUUGCU